GAUGAGCUGUCAAAAAAAUUGCAGCUUUAGCAAGCGUGUGGCGUGUUUUUUCACGAGUAAUCAUUGAAUUUAUUUAGUGUUCCCUUAAUCGUAACAAACUGCUUGCAAGAUGUGAUUAUUAUGCACUUAAAACUUUAAAGACCUAAUUUUUACGCUCAAAACCGAGUCUUAAUGUGCAAAUCGGUAAAAAUGGUGUCAAGCAGCACUCGGGUGAUUCAAGUCACCAACAUCGCUCCUCAGGCGACUAAGGAUCAAAUGCAAACCCUGUUUGGAUAUCUAGGGAAAAUAGAUGAUAUCAGGUUGUAUCCUACGAUACGAGAUGUCUCCUGCCCCGUGCAGUCUCGUAUAUGUUAUGUGAAGUACUAUGACUCUGCGACGGUCAACGUCGCUCAGCACAUGACGAAUACCGUGUUCAUUGAUCGCGCGUUAAUUGUCAUCCCUAUGCAGUCCGGUGAGAUCCCGGACGAGCAUAAGGCGCUGGAAAUGUCGAGUAACGGAUCGUUGGUGCCUGGUCUUAACAAUGUGGAGCCACGUCUCCCAGCCCACGUUAUCAAUACUUUAGAGGGCGCUCCACCCAGUCAGGUUAUACAGACUUAUGAUCCGAAGUUAGCAGCCACAGGACUACCGCUCUAUCCGCCGUUACCAGCAGCGUACGACUCACGGAAGAUUGAAGAAAUCCGGCGAACGCUGCUACUCAUAGAUGUGGGUGCAUUAACAUAUCAGCAAAUAAUAGAUCACUUUUGCCAAGCUGGUGAGGUCAACUAUUUGCGUUUCUGUGACAGAGAUGUAGACCAACUGAAGUAUGCGCUGCUCGAGAUGUCCGAACAAGAAAGUGUUAUUAAAGCACUCCAGCUGAAUGGAACUACUAUUGCUGGACAGACUAUUUUGGUACACCAUGCCACUCAAGCAAUAUGUAAGCCUCAGACUAAGAGCAAUGAAGCGGCGCAGAGGGAGAUAGAGGAGGCCAUGUGCCGUGUGAAGGAGGCCCAGAACCUGAUCUCGGCCGCUAUUGACCCUGUUAUCGGGAUGCUCUCUAAGGAUAAGAGAAGAACCAGGUCUCGAUCCCGAUCCCGUCGGCGGUCUCGGUCACGCUCCCGUCGGUCGCGCUCACGCCACCGCAGCAAGCGCUCGCGCUCACGCUCGCGUCAUCGCUCACGUCGCUCGCGCUCGCGACACAGACACCGCACCAGAUCCCGUUCGCGCCACCGUAGCUCGCGUCGGUCCCGCUCCCGGUCUCGCCAUCGCAGCUCGCGCUCCAAACGCGACCGCUCGCGUGAUCGCAAAGACAAGAAAGAUUCCGGUGACAAAGACAAACGAGAGAAGGACAGGGAUAAGGAUAAGGACAAGGACAAGGACAAGGACAAGUCAAAAUCUCCACCCAAAGAAGUCGAAAAAGAGGAACGGGAAGAAGUGAUACCCGAAAUGACUGGGCCCGAAACCAACGGCACGAGCGUAGAAGUUAAAUCAAAAGCGUCUACACCGGUUGAUGAUAAAGAAAAAAUCGAAGUAGAAAAGGGAAAGGAAAAGGAGAAAGAAGUUAAAGAAAAAGAGAAAACGCCCGUAAAGAAAAAAGAUAGAUCCCGUUCAAGGGACCGCAAACGUGAUCGCUCCCGUUCCAAGCGCAGAUCUCGGUCUAGAUCGAGAAGGAAACGAUCGAGAUCGCGGCGAAGAACGCGUUCUAAAGAUAGAAAGAGAUCACGGUCUCGCGAUAGGAAACGGUCCAGAUCGAGGGACAGAAAACGCUCCCGUUCGAGGGAUAGGAAAAGAACCAGGUCGAGGGAUAGGAAACGAACGCGUUCUAGGGAUAGAAAACGUUCUCGAUCGCGUGACCGUAAACGCUCGCGUUCUCAAAGCCGUACAUCCAAGAGUCGCUCUCACAGAGAUUCUAAAACUCCUCAUGAGAGGAAGUCCCGAGACCGUACACCCCAUCUCCCCGUUGUUUUAGAGGAGAAAAUUAACUCUUUACUCGACAGUAAGUCAAUUGACAUCGCAGACGAAAAAAAUUCACCAGACAAUAUGGAUAUCUCCAACUCUCCGUGAAGACUAAUAGAUAAUGAUAUUUUUUUUCAUGUAAACAUGGACAUUCACCAAUGAAAUUGAAGUAUUUAAGAAUGUUUUUAUACUGCGCCCAUGUAAUUUUUAGUGUUAUCAAUUCAUCAUCACGUCAGUCGCGUUUUGUUUAGUAGUUCAUUUUAAAAAUUGGUUGGUAAUGCAAGUUAGGUUAAGAGUAAUAAAAUAACUGAAUCAAA